AUGGCGUUGAUGAAGGCAUGGUUCUCUGCGGAGACCGAGCAGCAGCAAUGGGAACGAUGCAGCCGCUUGCUGCAGACCUCCCACUCGCGAAAAAUCGUGCAGGUCGCAGGCAUUCGAGAAGCAGUCGCGGAGCUGGUGAAGGCGGGAGAGGCAGACGAGCAGCAGAUGUUCAAGGCAUUGGCAGCAUCAAUCGAAAAUGAGGAAACCGAAGAACUCAUCAAGGCCAGAGUCAAUCAACCACGGGCCACUGCAGAAAGCAGUACACCUGAGUGCCUGAAAAAACUCCGCCCAUCCGUGGAGAACUGUGUCUUGGUGUAUCAGAUCCGCGCGCAGAGUUUUCAAUCGUACUACCCGAAACCGCUGAGUGAAGAGCAGAAGGCGAAUCCAAAAGUCAAGAAGCAUUUUUCAACAAGCCGGACUUUCGGAACCAAGUGGACGAAACUGCAAGCUUUGAGACUGGUUGUGCAAUUCCUUUGGACGCAUCAUCGCAAAUUGAAAAGGGACUGCUCCUCCCAGCCCAGCGACGACGACAUCGCUGGCGCUCUCAAGGAAGCUGAGGAGAUCUUGAGUGGUCAGAAGGCUGAGCCGGCAGCAGGGCUUGCCGCCAGUGAUGUGCCACAUCCGGCCGCUGCUGCGGCCGCCGACGCUGGUGACGAGGAGGCGCCCGCUCUGUCAUCGGCCGAUGAGCCCGACGAGACGAAUCGGGUACCGAUGGGCAUCGGUGAUGACAGUGAUGACGAACUCAGCACGGAUUCCGACAAGAAGGCCGGUCCCAAGCCAUCUGCACCGGCCGCGGCCAAGCAGAAGAAGCACCACACUGGCACUGCAACGCCGAAGGCCGCAUCGAGAUCCCGGGCUUCAGCUGGGGCCAAAGCCGCCGUGGAGAAGGCACGAUCGACUUUCAGGCCUGCCGUGAGGGAGAUCACAGCAGAGCUAGCAGCGGGUGCAUUUGGAGGAGCUGCAGCCAGCAGCUCUUCUAACGCCAAACCGCCCGAGAACAAGAAGCGCAGGAUGACGGAAGAUGCACCCAAAGAGAAGAAGCAAGACAAGAAGGCCAAGGACGAGAAGAAGCCAAAAACCAAAAAGAAGUGA